GAAGUGCUCUGUCCUGUUGAGUUGGUUUUUGUCAUAGUGCUGCUUGGCAGAGGGAUGGUGGCUGUUGAAAUAGUUGACUCGCAUCGUGCCGACUGUUGGGAUAGCAGAAGAGCCUUUAUUCCUGGCAAGGGAGGGGAAGUUUUCCUUUGGAAAACAAAACAAAACAAAACAAAAAAAAAACCACAUUUGAGGUCUGGUUAGUAAAUAAAAUGUGUUAUCUCCUAAACAGUUUGCACAUUUCAAACCAUUUCAACCUCCGGGGGCUGCCCCGGAACGUGUGAGUGUAAACUUUGGGAAGCAUCUCCAAAUCCCUGGUGUUUGUGCAUGUUGAAAAAAUGGGAAGGGACAGACUGCAUGCGUCACUCUUGUCCUAAUUUGUGCCAGCUAAUCCAUGGGAGAAGAAUACAUUUUGGCUGACUUAGUGGUUUUGCUGCUCAUGCACACGAGAAUGUGUUUGAAUGGAUGGAUGGAUGGGUUUAGGGAGACUUUGAAGAGAUGCUGUGUGUGUCUGGGAACCUCUGCCCCAUCCCCUGGUUUGUGAACACAGUUGUGUAAUCCAGCAGCUUUUCUCUGGGGUUUGGGGAAGGAGAGGAGAGGUUGGAGGGGGUAAAAGUGGUUGUCAGCUCAGUAUCACAGUGUCAGGAAGGUUGAGAUGGAGUUAGCUGGGGAUAACUGAGGUUAAAUGCUGCUUUCUGGAGGAACCAUUAUCUGGAGUGAACUUAAUGCUAAUGAAAAAGAAAGAAAACCAAACCCAAGCCUGAUAACCUGAACUAUGCUGAGAUUUUAUAUAGGGUGGAUACAGAGGAGCCAUCACCAAAACCAGGCUUCUGCCUUCAGAAUGUGCCUUAGCUUGACCUGGGUGAAUUAUCCAGGAAAGGAGCUUGGAUUUGCUGCUAAGAGAGUUCUCUGUAGGAGCUCCUGUGUUGCUAAGAAAUAUCCCAUGCACAUAAGGCAACUUCUGCACACCCUGGUAACCUAGUAUUGCUUUUUGACCUUUUUGUUGGUUUUUUUUUUUUCCCUCAAGGCAUUUAUAUAAUAAAGAGGAUGACAAACCCCUCAGCAGUGGGUUUGCAGGGUGCUGGUGUGUGUUUUACUGCUGCAGUGGGAAAGCAAGUCCAAAAUCCAGUCUUUUUUUGCAUUGCUCCAACAAAAAGGCAGUCUAGCAAAACCACUGUGCACUGGGUCUCUCCUUUCUUUACAUUGGACUUGUGCCUUUAUUAAUUUAAAGAAACCAGCAAUUGUUUCACUCCAAAAAGAAGUCACCACUUGUUGGGACCAUGACUUCCCUUUGCUGCCCACUUUGAGCCUUCCCUGAUCUGGUGCAGCCUGAUUGCAGUUAACCCUCUGUGCAGCACAGCUUUUCUUGGGUUUUCUUCCAUGGAUUCAUAGAAAACCCAAAUAUUUUCCUUUCCAGGCCAGCCACCACCACCAGUUAACCUUUCUUCUUAGCUGCAGAACCUUCACCCAUCCAAGGAGACUCUGGGCAUGGUCUUGGGGCUGUCCUCAGAAGAGCUGAACCUUUGUAGCAUUUAGAUUUCAUCAGUCCAAACAUCCUCUUGACUACUUGGCUCAGGUAUUUGGGGACCUACGUAGUUGGGGUGAUUGGGUCACCCUUUGAUCAGAGCCACCUGACAGCCCUGGCACUUUGGAUCCUCUAGGAUCAAUCCUGCAAGGAGAGCUGAAGCUGAUUAUUAUUCCUCUGCAAGAGCAAACCUGGCACUUCAAAGCCCAGCAAAAAGAGGAUGGAAGAAAUGCUGCCUCAGUUCCUAUCACUGGGCUCAAAGGAUUCAUCUUUUUCUAAAAAAACUGAGGAUGCUGUGACAUCAAAACCAGUAAUCCAGUUUCAAGGAAGCCAAGGGCACAUCACAAUCCCCAGGCCUGAUCGACCCACAGAAGUGAGGACUUUCACGUUUUAUCUUUCAAAUAUUGGCAAGGACAGCCCUCAAGGGAGUUUUGAUUGUAUCCAGCAGUAUGUAUCUAGCAAUGGCAACAUCCACCUGGAUUGCCUGGGAAGCAUACAGGAUAAAAUCACUGUGUGUGCUACUGAUGAUUCCUACCAGAAGGCAAGGCAGAGCAUGGCCCAGGCAGAGGAGGAGACGAGGAGCCGCAACGCCAUCCUCAUCAAACCCGGGGGCAGAUACGUGGGCAAAAAGGUUCAGGUGCGUAAACCUGCCCCAGGAGCUUCUGAUGCUGUUCCCUCCAGGAAGCGCCCAACGCCCGUCAACCUUGCCAGUGCAAUAAAGAGGGGCAAUAGUGCCAUUUCUCAGAGACCCUUCAAAGAUAGGGUUGUGCACUUACUGGCACUAAAGCCUUAUAAGAAGCCUGAACUUAUACUCAGAUUGCAGAAGGAUGGACUUGCUCAGCAGGACAAGGAUUUGCUGGACAACCUUCUGCAACAGGUGGCAAACCUGAGUGCCAAGGACAGCACUUUCACACUGAAAGAUUGUGUAUACAAAGAAGUGCAGAAGGACUGGCCUGGCUACUCAGAAGGAGAUCAGCAGCUGCUGAAGAGGAUCCUUGUUAGGAAACUCUGUCAGUCCCAGAACAUCAGUGGGUUUCAAGGAGAAGCACCUUCCCUGAGUCCACCCAAAGAUAAUGUGAACUCCAGCUCUCCUCCUCAGAAACGAUCCCAACCUCUGGAGUUUAUCGAUCCUUUAGCCAACAAAAAACCCAGGAUCUCCCACUUGGCUCACCGAACUCAACCAACUUUCAACGGGAAACUGAACUCUUCCAACGGGAAGGACAUCCCAGCCCCUGCCCCAUCCCUGCCCCCGCCUCUUCCCGAACCCGUCAGCUCUGGUUCCAACCUCCCGGUCCUGGAGCUGCCAAGACCUCACGACCCCCUCUCGGAUGUCAGCAACGACCUGACUCACAACGGCAGAGACUGUGAGAACCCAGAGCCUGCUGAUAGACUGACUCAUCCUUUGUCAACAGACUGUCCCCAAACGAGCAAGCACAACUGCAGCCCCUACGUCAAAAGCAAGAAAAAAUCCAAAAAGCACAAAGACAAAGAGAAAGAGAGGAAGGAGAAGAAAAACGAAGAGAAAUGCAAAGAGGAGAAGCAGGACUGUGAAGUAAUAAAAAAUGCUGACUUAGGUAGUGUUCCCCAGGAACAGGUCACAGGUUUAAAUGGAACAUGCAAUAAUUCUAGUGUACCAACAUCAACUUCAGAAAUGCCAGAUUAUUUAUUAAAAUACGCAGCCAUCUCCUCCUCAGAGCAACGUCAGAGUUACAAGAACGACUUCAAUGCAGAGUACAAUGAGUACAGGGAUUUGCACGCCAGGAUAGAGAGGAUAACCCGACGGUUCACGCAGCUGGACGCCAAGCUGAAGCAGCUUUUGCAGGGCUCUGAAGAAUAUAAGACCAUCCAUGAUCAAAUUUUACAGGAGUAUAGGAAAAUUAAAAAGACUAACCCCAACUACAGCCAAGAGAAGAACCGCUGUGAAUACCUCCACAACAAACUGGCUCACAUCAAAAAACUGAUAGCAGAGUAUGACCAACAGCAGUUUUAGCUGGCACUCAUCUGGACUGGACAGGGCAAAGAAAGAAAAACAGAGGAAAAAAAACCCUAAAAAAAUUAUAAAAAUGAUUAAAAAAAAAAAAAAAAAAAAAAGAAAGAUUUAAAGAAAAAGUCACCUGGAUGUUAUGUUCCCUUUUCUACAACUUAAAUCCCUUUCAGAGAUGAGCAUUAAUUCCUCCUGGUUGGAAGAAAUUUGGGAUUUCUGAGUCUGAGCUGGGGGGUGAGCCCCAGCAGGGUCCUCUUGAGUUUGAGCCUCUCUGAAUGGUGGAUUGGAAAACAAGAAAGCAACCAAACAACAGCAGAAAAAACCACCCUGCUUGUUUGAAGGCAGCCUUUAAAGGAAGGGAAAAAAGAAAAAAAAGAAUAAAAAGCCACAAAACAACUUACCUAAAGUGAAUGAAGCUCCCAAAGGUUAAGAAUCAGUAGUUUUCAUGGAUUCCAGUUUGGCAUGAAGUGUAAUUACCCCUGGCCCAGCUCCACUGGGUUACAAAUUGUCCUUCAAAUGGUGAGGAACUGGAAUGCUGCUAAGUUACCUCCUCCUCCUCCACUCUUCAUCUGCAAACUGGCUGCUCCCCCACCUUCCUGCCCCCUCCUCUCCUUCUUGCUCUCUCCAGGGGGUUGUGGGAGCAGGAGGGGAUCAACCCAGGAGCCCUAAAAUCAAACAAAAACCACAAAACAAGCAACAAAAUACCCCAGGUUUCUUUUGGUUUGGAUCCCAUUUGUGCAGUUGGAAGCAGUGGGUGUAUUUUAUUUUAUUUUAUUUUUUUUUUACCACUGUUUUUCCAGCACUUGUGGUCCAGUCUGCCUGCAUUAACCUCCACACCCCCAUGCUGGGAAGGUUUGAGAUCAGUUUUGUCUUGGAUUUUUAUCAUUUGAUACCAAGGCAGCUGAUUUUCUUCAUUGCUUCCUGAGCCUUGGGUCUAUUUUUGGAUUGAAAAAGAGGAAAAAAAAAAAAAAAAUUAACAUCUUCUUCUAAAACUCUGCCUCUCUUUUCCUUUCAGGCCAAGUGUUUCACAACCUUUCCUCUCCCCUAACUUCAGUAUUACUAAAACUGAGCAGUUAUUUUAUUACCUGACCCAUAAGCAAGGAGGAGGAGUGUGGGGAGAUGCUUUCUAGUUUUCUUUUUGUUGGCUUUUUUUUUUGGUUGGUUGGGUUUUGUGUGUUGGUUUUUUUUUUUAAUUUCUUCUCUUUUUUGGUUUGUUAUUUCCCAAAGAAGCAGCAGCAGAAAAACCAUUCCUGGGAACAGGCACCCGUGAGAGAAGUGAGGUGGGAUUUUCCCAGGCAGGUCACUUCCACUCUUGGGCUUUAUCUUGCCAGCUUCUCCCUGCAGUCUUUCUUCCAGAUUUCUUAUUUUUUUUUCCCCUUGUUGUUUUUAGUUUUGUUUUGGACUUGAAGGGAACAUUUUUAUUUUACUUUUUUUUUUUUUUUUUUAUGGGCCAGGGUGUGAGAAAAACACCAAAAAGCACAAAGGUGGCCUUGAACUCUGCUGUUUCUUUCUCUCCCCUCUCCCCUUUUUAAUCCUGCCAGCCUGGGGGAGUUGACUUCUUCUGCUUUCCAUUUAUUUCCAUUUAUCUCACAGUAAAAGAUCAACUUCCCUGGGGUGUCUCCUUCCCUUGGAGGUUGCACUGAGGAGCCUUUCACCCUUUGAAGGAGCAGAAUGGCAGAGUUAAGGAGGGAAACAGUUCUUACACAAGGAGUAUUUUCUUUUUUCCACCAGCUCCCCCCCCCCAAAAAAAAAAAAAAAAAAAAAUACAAAGUGGGUCCAUCUGCUGUCAAAAAAACAAAAAAUAAUAAUAAUAAUAUUGCUAAUAAUUCCAUUCUGGCUCAUUGGGUUUUGCUGCAUUGGUCAAGCCUUGCUCUCACCUCUUCUCCUCCAAGGGAAGCCAACAGGGAGCACCUGAUUCCCCAGGAAAAGCUGGAAAAGACACCAGAAUUGAAGGCUUUUUCCAGAAAACUUUUGUCCUCCUGUUCCCUGGGAUCUUGCACCCAGUUGGUGGCCAAGCUCCAAGUUGGUGGCCAAGCUCCAAGUUGGUGGCCACCUCCAGGCUCAAGCUGAAGCUUUCCUGAGCUGGGAAUCUCUGCACUGGAACCUCCUGGAGCUGCAGGGAUGGAGGAGGAGACCUGGGGCUGGGUGAGAUCCCUGGGCUGCCACCCUUGGGGUAUUUGGCACCACAAAACCCCCCCAGUGCCACCACCAAACCCCCCCAGUGCCACCACCAUCCCCAACUUGGUGGCAAUUCAUGGGACUUCAUGGUGUUUGAGGAGCCCAAGCUUCAGAGCAAAACAAACCCAGGAUGAGUAAAAAAUCUUCCAUGGAAACAUUUCUCCUGAUCCUUAAGAUUCUGAAUGGGCUUUUUUUUUAAUUUUUUUCCCUUUUUUUUCCUUUUUUUCCCCUUUUUUUUUUGUUGCUUUGGGAGGGGAAAAGGGGGGGGGGGGGAAAUACAGAGAUGGAUCUGGAUCUUUAUACACCUGCUAUAAGAUAUUUUUGCAAACAGAGUUGUAUACAAAGAUGUAUUGUGGACAUUUACCUGUAUAUUCUGGAACUUCUACAAUUUGAAUAGAAAAAACAAAAAAAAAAAAAAGAAAAAAAGAAAAAAAAAAAAAAACCUUGAAAAUAUUUAAUGAAUAUUCAAACUGUGAGACCCAAUUAGCAUUCAACACCUUUUCUGCUUCACUUUUCUUUUGGACUGUGUUAAAGAAUUGUAGUCAAACCUGCCUUGUUUUUUUUUUGUUUUGUUUUGUUUUGUUCUUUUUAGAAAUUACAAAGCUAGGCAAAUUUUUUGUGCUUUUUUGGAUUAAUAGAAACCAGUUCUAGGUGAUUAAGUAUGAUCUUAACUUAUUGAGACUGUGUUUUACUUUGUAAUAUUGUACUGUGGAUAAAAACUAUAUUGAGCCAUGGAGUUGGAGUUUACAAAAAAAAAAAAAAAAAAAAAGAGAAAAAAAAAAAAAAAAAAGAGCUUUUCACUUUGCCAAAAUGUUACAAUUUAAAGGCAGCAUAGUCUUCAGCUUUCCUAAUCUUUUUUCUUAAGAGCUAGUGUCUUUUUUGUACACUAAAAAAAAAAAAAAAAA